AUGGCCAAUUGGCCAGCUGCUAUCCUCGACAAACUACCACACUGGGCUCGCUGGCCUUCUCAAACAACCGUCAGACAUGUUCUCUAUGGAAUCUUGAUUGGCAUUUCGUUGUCGUUGACCACCUCGUCUCUCGCUGGAGCGCGUCGGAAGAAGAGGAAAGAGCGUAUUGAGGAGAGCUUUCCUCCGCGACCUAUCGAAGUUCGGAGCGACGAGAUUGUCAAUGGGGUCACUGGAUUGAUAGGUAAUACACCGCUUAUGCGAAUCAACUCUCUCAGCGACGCUCUCGGUGUUGAAAUCCUCGGAAAGGCCGAAUUCCUGAAUCCUGGUGGAAGCGUCAAAGACAGAGUAGCCCUGCGCAUGAUCGAAGAUGCCGAACGACUGGGAUACCUUCGUCCAUACACAGGCUCUCGUAUCUUCGAAGGAACGGUUGGGUCCACGGGAAUUUCAAUCGCGACUAUUGCUAAAGCCAGAGGAUAUGAUGCCACUAUCAUCAUGCCGGACGACAUCGCUGAGGAGAAAGUAAAAGCUUUGCUCUCGUUAGGCGCUGAAGUUGAACGCGUCCGACCGGCGAGUAUCGUUGACAAGAAACAGCAUCCCAGUCUCAACCACCUUGCACCCAACCCAAUACCAUCCCAAUUCCCCACCCAGAACCUCGCCCGCCAACGCGCCUCCGUCUUCGGCCAACCACCCUCCCCAUCAUCUCCAGCAGACAUAAACAAGCUCCCCAGCGUCCGCGUAGCCCAUACACACCGCGGCCUCGAGUCUCCUUCACACACCGUCCUGGUGUCCACCACCGCCAACGAAGUCAACUUUGACAACGAAGGAUGGGAGAAUGACGAAGCGUUUUUGUCCAAACCGAGAGGGUUCUUUGCUGAUCAGUUUGAGGCGAGUAUUUCAUUGUGGAAUGAGAAUGCUAGAACGAGAAUUAACGAAUGUUACUAUUGGUUUCAGAACAAAAGUAACUUCGAUGCUCAUUAUCAAGGGACAGGACCGGAGAUUUGGAGGCAGACCAACGGGGGCAUCGAUGCUUUCGUUUCCGGUGCAGGCACAGGAGGAACAGUGGCAGGCUGCGGACGGUACCUCAAAACUGUAAAAGAGGAUAUCAUCGUAGCCAUUUCUGACCCUGAAGGGAGUGGGUUGUACAAUAAGGUAAAACACGGCGUGAUGUUCGACCGGAAAGAAAGCGAAGGAACGAAGAGAAGGCAUCAGGUCGAUACCGUUGUCGAAGGAAUUGGAAUUAAUCGCCUAACUCACAACUUUGAACUUGCACUACCGAUCCUAGACGAUGCAUUCCGGAUAUCCGACGCCGAAGCAGUCGCCAUGUCCCGCUACCUCGUCCAAAACGACGGCCUGUUCCUAGGUUCGAGCAGCGCCUGCAAUCUAACCGCCUGCGUUAAGCUGGUGAAAAAGAUGGGCUGGGAAGGCUCAGGGAAGAAAAUUGUUACUAUUCUCUGCGACUCGGGCAUUAGACAUUACUCCAAGUUUUGGAGUGACGAGUACCUGGAGAAGGCACAAAUACCGAUUAACAUCUCUCUAAUUGAAGAUCUAGUCGGCAAAUCCAAAAUCGCGGCUUCAAUCCAGAACGGACCCACUCAGCUCUGA